GGUUGUGCUCCAGGGAGGAGGAUGCUCUGCGGUUCCCCCAUCCACUGCUCUCUGCCGGCUUUUGUCAUUUCCACUUUAGUUUUCCAAGUUCCUCAGGGGCACUCAGCUCCACUCACCGUCACUGCACCCCCCGGCCCCAUCACCGUGGCCAAGGGCGAGGACGUGGUGCUGCCCUGCAGUUUCUCCCCGGGGCAGAAUGCACAGGACACGGAGGUGACCUGGUUUCGGGAGCAGUUCUUGCCCUUUGUGCAUCGCUACAAGUGGGGCCAGGACCAGUACGGGGAGCAGAUGGUUCAGUACCAAGGGCGCACUGAGCUGGGGAAGGACGGCCUUGCCAAGGGCAGCGCGGACUUGAGGAUCUUCCGUGUCCAGCUCUCUGACACAGGGAAUUACACCUGCUUUGUUCAACGAGGCUCAGAUUAUGAUGAUGCUCUGGUGGAGCUCCAGGUGACAGGUCUGUAG